CCGGCAGCCGCGGACGCAUUCGACCGGCGCUGCGCUGCGGGGAGGGCGGCUCUGUGAAGCCGCGAGUCCUCCCGCCGCACUCCGGACCCAGCAUGGCUUUCGCCAAUUUCCGCCGCAUCUUGCGCUUAUCCAACUUCGAGAAGAGAAAGUCCCGUGAAUAUGAGCAUGUCCGCCGGGACCUGGACCCCAACGACGUGUGGGAGAUUGUGGGCGAGCUGGGCGAUGGCGCCUUCGGAAAAGUCUACAAGGCCAAAAACAAGGAGACCGGUGCCUUGGCAGCUGCCAAAGUCAUCGAGACCAAGAGCGAGGAGGAGCUGGAAGACUACAUUGUGGAGAUUGAGAUCCUGGCCACCUGCGAUCACCCGUACAUCGUGAAGCUCCUGGGGGCCUAUUACUAUGACGGGAAGCUAUGGAUCAUGAUUGAGUUCUGUCCUGGGGGAGCUGUGGAUGCCAUCAUGCUGGAGCUAGACCGAGGCCUCACCGAGCCCCAGAUUCAGGUCGUAUGCCGCCAGAUGCUGGAGGCACUCGAUUUCCUGCAUGGCAAGAGGAUCAUCCACCGUGACCUGAAAGCCGGCAACGUGCUUAUGACCCUUGAGGGUGACAUCAGGCUGGCUGAUUUUGGUGUGUCUGCCAAGAACCUGAAAACUCUGCAAAAGCGAGAUUCCUUCAUAGGAACGCCUUACUGGAUGGCCCCUGAGGUGGUGCUCUGUGAGACCAUGAAGGACGCCCCCUAUGACUACAAGGCUGACAUCUGGUCCUUGGGCAUCACACUGAUCGAGAUGGCACAGAUCGAGCCCCCACACCACGAGCUCAACCCCAUGCGAGUCCUGCUCAAGAUUGCCAAGUCGGACCCUCCCACACUUCUCACGCCCUCCAAGUGGUCCGUGGAGUUCCGAGACUUUCUGAAGAUAGCGUUGGAUAAGAACCCAGAAACCCGGCCCAGUGCCGCGCAGCUGCUGGAGCAUCCCUUUGUCAGCAGUGUCACCAGUAACAAGGCUCUUCGGGAGCUGGUGGCCGAGGCAAAGGCUGAGGUGAUGGAGGAGAUCGAGGAUGCCAGGGAUGAUGGCAGGGAUGACGGAGAAGAGGAGGAUGCUGUGGAUGUCACCUCGCCCCUGGUCAACCAUACUCAGGACUCUGCUGGUGCAACUGAGCCAAGCCUGAACUCUGACAAGCCUCCCCAGGAUUCCUGUGUCACCCUACCUCCCAUCCAGCCUCAGGAGCCUGUGAACAGACCCUGCAGCCAAUCCUCAGAGGAUGGAUCCCUCCAAACCACCAGCCCCGAAGAUGUGGUCCCCAAGAAUGACGGUGACUUAAAGGUACCCGUUUCUCUCCGGAAGUCCCGACCAUUGUCCAUGGAUGCCAGAAUUCAGGUAGCCGAAGAGAAAGAAGUCACUGGCCAGGCUGAGGACUCCAGUCCUGUGGCCAGCAAGUCCCAAAAGGCAAACCAGAGCCGCCCUAACAGCGUCGCCCUCGAGACCUUAGGAGGAGAGAAGCUGGCCAAUGGUGGCCUGGGGCUCCCCAGCUCUGCAGUUCCAGGCCAUGCUAAGCGGGCUUCAGACUGCAGCAGCCUGUCUACCUCGGAGAGCAUGGACUACGGCUCCUCCCUUUCUGCCGACCUGUCACUGAACAAAGAAACGGGCUCACUGUCUCUCAAGGGCUCAAAACUGCACAACAAGACCCUGAAGCGGACCCGCAGGUUUGUGGUGGACGGUGUGGAGGUGAGCAUCACCACCUCCAAGAUCAUCAGCGAAGAUGAGAAGAAAGACGAGGAGAUGAGAUUUCUCAGGCGCCAGGAACUCCGAGAGCUUCGACUUCUGCAGAAAGAAGAACAUCGGAACCAGACCCAACUGAGCAGCAAGCAUGAGCUGCAGCUGGAGCAAAUGCACAAACGUUUUGAACAAGAAAUCAACGCCAAGAAGAAGUUCUAUGACGUGGAGCUGGAGAACCUGGAGCGGCAGCAGAAGCAGCAGGUGGAGAAGAUGGAGCAGGACCACGGUGUGCGCCGCAAAGAGGAGGCCAAGAGGAUCCGCCUGGAGCAGGAUCGAGACUACGCCAAGUUCCAAGAGCAGCUCAAGCAGAUGAAGAAGGAGGUGAAGAGUGAGGUUGAGAAGCUGCCCCGGCAGCAGCGGAAGGAGAACAUGAGGCUGAAGAUGGAAGAGCACUCCCAGAAGAAGCAGCUGCUUGACCGAGACUUUGUGGCCAAGCAGAAGGAGGACCUGGAGCUGGCCAUGAAGAAGCUCACCACAGAAAACAGGCGUGAGAUCUGUGACAAGGAGCGAGAGUGCCUCAGCAAGAAGCAGGAGCUCCUCCGAGACCGUGAGGCAGCCCUGUGGGAGAUGGAGGAACACCAGUUGCAGGAGCGGCACCAGCUGGUGAAGCAGCAACUUAAGGACCAGUAUUUCCUGCAGCGGCAUGAACUGCUGCGCAAGCAUGAGAAGGAACGGGAGCAGAUGCAGCGCUACAACCAGCGUAUGAUGGAGCAGCUGAAGGUCAGACAGCAGCAGGAGAAGGCGCGGCUACCCAAGAUCCAGAGGAGUGAGGGCAAGACACGCAUGGCCAUGUACAAGAAAAGCCUGCACAUCAAUGGCGGGGGCAGCGCCUCGGAGCAGCGUGAGAAGAUCAAGCAGUUCUCCCAGCAGGAGGAGAAGAGGCAGAAGGCGGAGAGGCUGCAGCAGCAGCAGAAACAUGAGAAUCAGAUGCGAGACAUGGUGUCCCAGUGCGAGAGCAACAUGAGCGAGCUGCAGCAGCUGCAGAACGAAAAGUGUCACUUGUUGGUAGAACAUGAAACCCAGAAGCUGAAGGCCCUCGAUGAGAGCCAUAACCAGAGCCUGAAGGAGUGGCGGGACAAGCUGCGGCCACGCAAGAAGGCCCUGGAAGAGGAUUUGAACCAGAAGAAGCGGGAACAGGAAAUGUUCUUCAAACUAAGCGAAGAGGCAGAACCCAGACCCACUACACCCAACAGAGCCAGCAAGUUCUUCCCCUACAGCUCUGGGGAUGCUUCCUAACACCCCUGUCCCUGGGCUGUGGUGGGUGCUGUGGCAGCAUGGCCACUGGGGCCUCCAAGCCUCUGAGAACAAGUGACUCAGGACCUCUUUCUCUUGCUUCUGUGCCAGCUUAAACCAGCCCCUCAGCCCGCAAUGCCCCAGCUGGCCACAGUGCCACCCUGGCGCUUCUGAUGGAUGACUUCGUCAAGACUCACAUUCCCAUCACCUGGAAGUGAUUACAGCUAUUGGGGUCAGGGGGCAGGCGUAAUGGGUGUACCCCUCCUGUUUACCAAAACAUCAGCUCUACUGUCUGUGGGCACAAGCGCUACCAAUGUCAUCACGGUGAACUCAUCCUCAUUGUAAUCCUUGUGGGUUUUUUUGUUUGUUUUAGCAGUUCCCCACAGCGUCGGAAAACAUCCCGAACAGCCAUUUCAGUUCUCAGCAGCCAGCGCUCAGGGGUAUCCUCAGUCCCUGAGUCACCUGUUUGGUGGGGGUGGGAGGGGGAAGGGAGGGCAGAAAUGUUUAUCCUGGUUUCUGGCAUUGUAUCCUAUCUCAUUUCUCUCUCCCUGUGUGCACGUGCACACACACUCACACACACACACACACUCACACACACACACACACACACACACACACACACACACACCUUGGCCUCCUGACACUGCCUGCUGCCUCCUGAGCCUGAUCCUGGGCCAAUGAGCAUGUCAUGUGGAGCAGCAGGUGGGGACAUGCUGAGUGCUGGCACCAGGGCCCAGAGAAGGCACAGGCUGUACUGCCAGCCUGCAACUCAUUUGGCUGCACACAGGAUCCCGUGUCCAGGGGUAAACUCCCCUCCACAGCCAACUUCUGCUGCCCAGCACCUGCCAACCUCACCCUUGUCCACUUGUCUGCAGGUGUCCUGGGAAGGCUCUUGUCCUGUCCUGGUCCCCCUGUACAUAAUAAGCCCGGUGGUCCCUUGGACUUCAUUCCCCCUGAAGAAAUGCUUCCUGCCCUCAGGAACAUGCAGAAGCAGAGACACUGAACACCCAUGGUUCUGGGCCUUUGGGUUGCUCAGGUGGCCUCCUGAGGUGCUGAACCCCCAGGCUACCAUGUGUCACAACCCAGAAAAGCAGCUGUUCCACACAGCCUGUGUUCACUGAUAAAACAAACCUUUUUUGACUCUGAUGCCCAAGUGCUCCAUAAAAGUAGAUGUAAAUGGCUGGCUGCCUUCGAAAGAUACUUUUUUUUUUUUAAAGCCACAUCCUGAUGAUGCUGAUGCUGCUGCUGCUGCUGCUGCUGCUGCCUGGGGCUUGGGCAGCUGAGUCUGGUGAGUGGCUGAGACCUCAGCAGAAUGUCUCCAUCAGCUGUCUGAUGCUGAGGUGAUUCCCUGGAAAGUUUCCCCAGAUGAUAACUGGGUGCUCAGGGGGAGUGAGCUAGAAAAACAACAGGUCUUAGGACUCCCAGAUCGUGUGUGCAGUAAAGAAGCUCACACAGAGCCGGGCGUUGGUGGCGCACGCCUUUAAUCCCAGCACUCGGGAGGCAGAGGCAGGUGGAUCUCUGUGAGUUCGAGGCCAGCCUGGUCUACAGAGCGAGUUCCAGGACAGCCUCCAAAGCCACAGAGAAACCCUGUCUUGAAAAACCAAAAAAGAAGAAGCUCACACAGCCCAGGAGGGUGAUAGAUCUCAGGGUAGUGAGCCUCAGCUUGCCUUCAGGUCUCUCUGGUGCAUGGUGGCUGAGAAACAGGAAAGCUGGCAGAGGGGACCUGCAGGGCCCAGAGAUGCCAAGUGGGCAGGGCUGCUUCUGCCAUUGUUUACAAUCUGCUUUUUUUUUUUUUUUUUUUUUUUUUUUUUUGCAUCCAGGGGACUUGACAGUGGCUGUUAGGCAAAAUGCCACUUUUGUGGUUCAGGUAGUGUCUGAUCAUUCCCUGACUUACCAUUCAUACUGUUCUGGUGCUUUGUGUGAUUGUCACCUCCACACUUAGUGCCACCUGAGCCCUGGUGGCUCUACUGUGCCUUUUUGAGUGGGGUCUAGUCUAGUCUCCCAGCCUCAUCACUUAGUAUAUGUGCAAUGCCUGCUGCCGACAAGGCCCACGCAGUAUUCCUCGUACCCUGUGCUAAUGUUUUCUGUAUAGGGACAGGCAGAAAUGUUUUCGGUUGAGUAAAUAUAUCUAACUUAUAUUUCCCUUCAUGAAGGAUAGAUGUAAUGUGUAUGUCAUUUCCAACCAUCAUGUAAAUUUUUUGUAAACUGUCCUCUGCAAACAAAAAAUGUAAAUAUGCUUCUAAUAAAAUAACAAGGUAAUUUGCA